GUGAGAUAGCUUCAGCGUCUAUAUUGUUUGAAUUCAUCUACCGUGACUGUGGUAUAUAAUUAUUUGUUCAAUAUUGAUUCAACAUCUUUUAACAGUCAUGCGUUUCACCUGAAAACCUGUUGCUGCUGUAAACACUGGAUAUAAAUAUUUCAGUCGGUCGAACAAGCAACGAAAAACUUGAUCAAAUUUUAAAAGCAUGACUGUGGAUUAGAUUAUAAAAAGAUAAAGAAUAAUCAUUUUGAAGAGGAUUUCCAAAGUCGUUCAUCCCAAUUCCAGAUCACUUCAAUGCCGUUGAAUUAAUGUACAGCAUUUACCAUGACAGAAUGCCCCUCACUAACAGAGCUGCCACCAAAUCCACCAGUGAUUACAGUUGAUAUGUUGAAAUAUCUUAUAGUUAACACAUACUCACGAAGUGUCGGCACAGUUGUAACUGUCCGGUGUCAACCAGGUCUGACGCUAGUGGGACCAUCAAGCGUCACGUGCAUGCAAAGUGGACACUGGUCUGCAGACCCCUAUUGUAAAAUGCCUAAUGAAGUCACAACUGCAACACCUACCUCUAAUGAAGAAGAAAACACCAUGAUACUAAUAAUUGUACUUGGAGUCGUCGGAUUUCUUGUAGCAGCUCUCAUUAUUUUCGUCUGUGUCGCAUUAUACUGUGGGAGAAGAGGAAACAAGAAAACUAAGCAGUACAGGGAUUCGUCAGAAUAUUACCUUGAAGACGGCUCGUCACAUCCUUACAGUUUAUCAAGGAAAGUAGACGACAAUAACCCGAGACAUAACAUGAAUGAGACAAGACAUUUUCAUGAUUACCCAGACAGAUACAGAUAUUAUGAAAAUAAUACAGAGGAAUAUAACAACCAGCUACGUGAUGAUGGUCAAGGUCAGCAUCAGGGUUACUAUGAUCACCGUUAUCAACAAAGGGAAGAUAAACGUCACACCCGGAGUAAAUUUAAUAGAUUUAGGACCGACGUUGACCAUAUGCGACAGGCGUAUUCACUUAACGACUUAGAUGACGAAAAGCAAUAUGAAACUCAGAACACCGAAGGGGAUGAAGACAAACAUAUUCGAGACAUCAGAAGAGACCGGUACCUGUGGAGAAGAAGGUCAUCCAUCUCGAAUCUGAACAUACCAAGACCUUACUACAGUUCAAAUAAGACACCAUAUAACGCCGUGUAUUAUGCGCCGGAUUUCACCUCACCAUAUAUCUAGUGCAACGAGAAAGGGUCAAUACCAUUCCAUUAUAUCAUAUAAAUUACAAUUAUAUAUAUAGGCUAUACUUACCAUUGACUGUAGAGCAAAACAUAUGUUUAUAUAUUCUCAGUUGUCAUUUAUAUUAUAUGUGUACCCCCUAGACAAAACAGACAUCAGAGUAGCCAAUUUAUCAAUAUUCGCCAGUUUGUUAGUGAAACAAAAAUCAAACUGCCUUUUAUCAGGAUUCUUUGUAAGAAUUAUCAUACGAUGCUCAAAUUACAUGUUCUUUGGCAUAUAUUUAUGAUUGUUAGUUGAACACCUUAAUUUUAUGUUUGCCUACCGUAUAAUGUGGUUAUGCUCGGAUAUAACUUAUUCUUAAAUUGUUACUCCAUCAUUGAGGGAUGUUAUAUAGUUCAAUUUAGGAUUGAUUUUUAUUGUGUUUUUUGUACAAUAUAUUUCUAUAUGGCAUGCUCAAAUACGAUCCGACAAAAAGAAAUUCCGUACUGUGUACAGAUGUAAUCCGAUUAAGUGGUUUAUGGUUAAUAUUGUAAUAACAAAUCAGCCUUAAAUUCAAGGAUGUAAUAUGUACUUAUAAUAACAAAUCGGUUAUUUCAAAUGAGUUUUGAUACAACAUUUAUACAUUCGUAUAUUGUGUUAUGGAUCAACUGCUCUCGUAUGAUCUAGGCCUAGGAAAAAAGGUUUUGAGUCAAAUACAAGCACAAAAUAAACAUAUAUUUUUAAGAGGGACAUUGUUUCAAAUAAAACCUGUUUUUAUUCUGUUGUCUGUACUUUCUCUUGAUAACAAAUUAUUGACAAUGUAGAUAAUGAUGUUAACUUGUUUACAACAUAUUUAACUUGAUAAUUUGAUUUUUGUUGUUAUUAUGUAUCUUAAAUAUUCUUUGUUGUCUUCAAAUAAAUAAAAAAGAUAAAAAUAUAAUAAAAUGUAUAAUAUAAAAAGUAAAAAAUAUUUGUCUCAAAGUUUGUAGAGAAACGCUCAUAUAAAUAUUUCUGCACAGGGAAAACUUUGCUUAUAAUGAUCAAGAUAUGAAAAUAAAAGCUGUGUAAAUAAAAGUCACAACAUGAAAUCAGUAAAACAAUAAAAGUAG